UUCACAAAAUUGACUAAAAUUCAAAUCAUUUAUAAUCUGAAAUGGGCCGUUUUGCGUGUGGACGACCCAACUAACAUUCAAGGCAGAGACUUUGCGAUAGGCUCACAAUAUUAGGGAAAGAAUUAUGGAGUGAUUUGGUGAGCGAGGCGAUGGCGGAUGAAGAAUGGGGUGCGCAGUUGAGCGAGGAGGUAUGGCGGAACAUUCUGGAACGGCUAAGUGUAGCAGAGCUUGGCCGAGCUGCCUGCGUCUGCCGUCUCUGGAAUUCCAUUGCCUCCGAUACGGAACUUCAAAUUAACGCAUUCAAGGCACCCUGGAAAUUGAAGGAGAUAAUUGGCAGGCCGUCUUCCAGAAGCUUCUGGCAGGUCACAUCUCUUUCUCGCUUUGCAAUUUCGCACAAGCUGAAGCGCUCUGAUACUAUGGCCGGCCUCGCCAUCAAGUACCAAGUUCAUGUGACAGAUAUCAAACGAUUAAAUAAUAUGAUGAGUGACCAUGGGAUAUAUUCUAGGGAGAGGCUCUUAAUUCCUGUCAGCAAGCCAGACAUCCUCGUGGGUGGUACUUGCUAUAUUGAACUGGAUAUUAAUGCAAAAAGAGAAGUAGCAGUAUUGUAUUUGGAUGGUGCACCUGAUGGCAAGCCUGGCUAUAUAGCAAAUGCCAUACCAGAGAAAGGUAAGCGCAGGUUACUUGAAUCGAUGAGAAGAAGCUUGCAAACAGAUGAUGGAACUGCAGAGUACUAUUUUUCCAUUUCAAAUGGUGAUCUUAGGACAGCAUUUGCACAGUUUUCUCAAGAUUUGAGUUGGGAACAGAGACAUGUAAGCUGAUGCUUUUUAAGGGUCCUGAUGCUUUUUAAGAUGUUCCUAAUGACAAAACAAUUAAUAUGGUUCUUCUAGUGCCAAAAGGAACUGAAGAAUAAUACAGUGGUGCGGCAUUAAAGCCAAAGCACCCAUUUCAAGUAGCUAGUAUCAAAGCAGUAUUUUUUAUUAUGUCAGCUGGGAACAGGGUGACAGUUUGUUCUCCGGAAUGAUCUUACAUAAUCUCUUAAAUCGCAUUUGAGUUAGUCCUGUAAAUAGUUUAUUUAACGGUGUUUGCAUAUUCUUGUAGCCAUGCAUGUGUAUAAACAAUGUGAAUAGUGAAUGGAAUGUCCAUGUGGUCAAUAAUAUACAUCUCAUCUCUUGAAAUUA